GUGCUGCCCCUGGACAGGCCGGUCCCCCAGCACGUCCUCAGCCGGCGAGGAGCCAUCAGCUUCAGCUCCAGCUCCGCGCUCUUCGGCUGCCCCAAUCCCCGACAGCUCUCGCAGUUUUGUCAUGUUCUUGAGAGUGAGAAAUAAAGAGAGGAGAAACACAGUAGCUAUGUUCUGCUAUCCAUGACAUUUCUAAACGAUGCUACGAUCUCAUUCAUGGAUUCUUAGAAUGGAAUGAGCUUUCUCCCUUUGCCCUGUUAUCCACUGCAAGUAUUACUAUUAGGAAAGAGACGUGGAGCUAUUUCCUAUGACAGUUCUGAUCAGACUGCGUUGUACAUUCGUAUGCUAGGAGAUGUACGUGUAAGAAGUCGAGCAGGAUUUGAAUCAGAAAGAAGAGGUUCUCAUCCAUAUAUUGAUUUUCGUAUUUUUCAUGCUCAGUCUGAAAUUGAGGUUUCUGUUUCUGCAAGGAAUAUCAGAAGGUUACUAAGUUUCCAACGCUAUCUUAGGUCUUCACGGUUUUUUCGUGGUACUACUGUUUCAAGUUCUCUAAACAUUUUAGAUGAUGACUACAAUGGACAAGCCAAGUGUAUGCUGGAAAAAGUUGGAAAUUGGAAUUUUGAUAUCUUUCUAUUUGAUAGACUAACAAAUGGAAAUAGUCUAGUAAGUUUAACCUUUCACUUAUUUAAUCUUCAUGGAUUAAUUGAAUACUUCCAUUUAGAUAUGAUGAAACUUCGUAGAUUUUUAGUUAUGAUUCAAGAAGAUUACCACAGUCAGAAUCCUUACCACAAUGCAGUACAUGCUGCAGAUGUUACUCAGGCCAUGCACUGUUACUUAAAAGAACCUAAGCUUGCCAGUUCUAUAACUCCUUGGGACAUCUUGUUGAGCUUAAUUGCAGCUGCCACUCAUGAUCUGGAUCAUCCAGGUGUUAAUCAACCCUUCCUUAUCAAAACGAACCAUUAUUUGGCAACCUUAUACAAGAAUACCUCAGUAUUGGAAAAUCACCACUGGAGAUCUGCAGUGGGGUUAUUGAGAGAAUCUGGUUUAUUCUCACAUAUGCCAUUAGAAAGAAGGCAACAAAUGGAGACUCAGAUAGGUGCUUUGAUACUAGCCACAGACAUCAGUCGCCAAAAUGAGUAUUUGUCAUUGUUUAGGACUCAUCUGGAUAGAGGGGACUUACUCUUAGAAGAUGCUAGACAUCGGCAUUUGGUUUUACAGAUGGCUUUGAAAUGUGCUGAUAUUUGUAACCCAUGUCGGACAUGGGAAUUGAGCAAACAGUGGAGUGAAAAAGUGACAGAGGAAUUCUUCCAUCAAGGAGAUAUAGAAAAAAAGUAUCAUUUGGGUGUGAGUCCACUUUGUGAUCGUCAGACGGAAUCAAUGGCCAACAUCCAGAUUGGUUUUAUGACCUAUCUGGUGGAGCCUUUAUUCACAGAAUGGGCCAGAUUUUCCAAUACCAGGCUAUCCCAGACGAUGCUUGGACAUGUGGGGCUGAAUAAAGCCAGUUGGAAAGGAUUGCAGAGAGAACAGUCCAGCAGUGAGGAGACUGAUGCUGCAUUUGAAGAGUUGAACACACAGUUAUUACCUCAGGAAAAUAGAUCAUGAUAACCCCUGAACUGGUGGGACAUACUGCCUCCUGGAGUUUUUUUUUGUUGUUGUUGUUUUUUUUAGAAAUGUGAAGUGGGGUCUUGAGGUGAGAGAACUUAACACUUGACUGCCAAGGUUUCCAAGUGAAUGAUGCCAGCAUUAUUUAUUUCCAAGAUUUCCACUGUUGGAUCAUUUGAACCCACUUUUAAAUUAUAAGACCUGAACAUACAGUAAUAUGAUUUGGCUUUUGUGUGAAAUCUUGAAUAUGCAAACCCCAGCAGGAGAGAACUCAAAUGGAGAAACAAAAGAAGCUUUGCAGUUUGCCACAUGUUUUUCAGAGCAUUUACUCUUCGAACCACAAAACUUGAGCUGAAUUUUCCAGCAGAAAUCUCUUGGAAUUUAACCAGUCUGAUGCAACAGUGUGUAUCUGUACCUUCCACUAAGUUCUCCCUGAGAAAAAUGGAAAUGUGAAGUGCCCAGCCUCUGCUGCCUCUGGCAAGACUCGAUGUUUACAAAUCAACUCUGAAAUACUGGUUCUAAAUUUGCCUUGGAGCAUGAUUGUGAAGGACCACUAAGAAUUUUGAAGAUCAAACCUUAAACUGCAGCUCUUUCCCCCUGGUUUGCCUUUUUUCUUCUCUGGAUGCCACCAAAGCCUCCCCUUUGCUAAGAGUUUUCUUUUGUGCACUGGAAACCGAGCUUUUAUCAGAGUACAGCCAAGCUUUCAUUUCCGUGCUCUUUGGCAAUGCAAUUUUUUAGACUAUUAGUUUUUAAUUUGGGGUGGGAGGGGAAGAACACCAGUGUCCUAGCUGUUUUAUGAUUCUGCAGUGAAGACAUUGCAUGUUGUUUUCACUACUGUACACUUGACCUACACAUGCAAGAAAAGGUGGAAUGUUUAAAACACCAUAAUCAGCUCAGGGUAUUUGCCAAUCUGAAAUAAAGUGGGAUGGGGAAGUGUGUCCCGCUGAGCAAGGGUACUAAAGUCCCCUUCGCUGUAUUGAGUGAGAGGUAUGUUGUGUGUGUGUGUGUGUGUGUGUGUGUGUGUGUGUUUGCGUGUUUGUGCAUGUAUGACUGUGCAUGUGCUAUAUUUAUCCAUGUGGAAAAGGAUCUGCAAUGUAAGCUUCUAUUUAUUAUUUUCGAAUGUGACAAAAUGAGCAACCACACUUGGGGGAGGGGAAGGUAGGUAAGCUAUAACAGAUUGCUCCAGUUGCCUUAAACUAUUCACAAAGCUAAGUGACCAAACUUCUUGUUUUGAUUUGAGAAAAAAAAAGUGCAUUGUUUUCUUGUCCCUCUCUUUGAUGAAGCGUUACCCUUUGAUGAGCUUUUUGAUGUGAACAGAUGUUUUUCUAGGACAAAAUCUAAGGACUAAUUUUAAACUUAAAACAUUCCACUUUUGUAAUUUGUUUUAAAAUUGUUUUAUGUAUAGUAAGCACAACUGUAAUUUAGUUUUAAGAGAAACUGGUGCUUUCUUUUAGUUCACUUGUAUUCCCUUGUUACUGUAAAAGACUGUUUAUUAUGUUUACAGUUUGUUGCAACAGCCAUCUUGGGAGAAAGCGUGGGUGUAAAGCCAUUCGUAAAAGGCUUUGCCAUACUCAUUUUAAUAUGUGCCUGUUGCUGUUAACUUUUGAUGAAUAAAGACCUAUCUUUUCACAUUU